CAAUCGACUCGAAUCCAAUCCAUGGCGUCCCCACCGUCCUUCGACUUCUUCUCCGACGCGCUCGACGACGAUGCCUCCGCCCAAAACCCUAACCCCCACCCCACGCCGGCGCCGCCGCCCCCGCCCACCCCCAACGGCCUCAACGACCGCCUGCUCCGCUUCACCCAGAGCCGACCCCGCCCCCCACAAAACCCUAACCCCCCGCCGCCAGCCCACGCCCACCAGCCCCUGCCCCAGGACCGCAAGGUCAAGCUCGCCGGCCGCCGACGCCUCUGCAAGCUAUCAUCCUCCCCCGACCACGACCACGACAAGGACGAGGACAGCAUCCGCGACAUCCUCGACGACCUCGCCACCCGCCUAGACUCCCUCUCCGUCGACAGGCCCAAAGCCCGCCCCAGGCCCGCCCAGGCCAGGGCCCCGCUCCCCUGCGCCGUCAACGCCAGCUUCUACGACGACGCCGCCGCCGACUCCUCCUCGUCCUCCUCCCCGCUGCCUCCCAAAUCUGCCGAGGACGGCUUCUACGACGCCGCAGACGGCGACUCCCCGCUGCCUCCCAAGUUGCCGGAAUCGGGUGAGGGCCGACCCCUCUCCACCGUCCAUGUCUCCAGCUCCGACGAGUCUGACGCUGAUGCACCGCUGGUGGUCCGGAGGCGGGUCAAGGUGGACAAACCGCCGCAACUCCCAGAUCCAUCAACCGCAUCCUCUCUCUUCACCCAUCUGGCUACUCAGGAGGAGGAGGAGUCCACCGACAAGGGGAACAUCAAAGCCAUGGCGGUGGCCAGCAAGCAUAUCAAGCUGGAGAAACCACAGCUAGUCCAAGAAUCACCAUUCGCCUUCUCUCAUCUUGGUGGUGAGGAGGAGGCCAGUGCCAAGGGGAACAGCAAAGCCGCAGUGGUGGUCAAGGCGGAGAAACCAGACCCAGAUUUAUCAUUCGCCUCUGCUUUCACAGACCGUCGUGUUCUGGAUGAUGCCAAUGGCAAGGGGAAGAAAAACGCCGCCAAGUCAGGCAAGAGGGCAUCAAAGCCCUCAUCCUUUGCGGAUAUUGAGGACGACGGCGGUGUCAGCGAGGAGAAGGAGAACCGUGCUGCUGAUGACGCGGAGGAUGAUGUUGGCUGGGAGAAAACAGAGGACUUCAAGAUGGAGCCCACCGGGUGCGGCAAAAUGGUCAAGCCGUACAAGCUCCCGGGGAGCAUUUUCGAGAUGCUUUACCCCCACCAGCGCGAGGGGCUCAAGUGGCUCUGGGUUCUGCAUUGCAGGGGAACUGGAGGGAUCCUUGGGGAUGACAUGGGUCUCGGCAAGACCAUGCAGGUUUCCUCCUUCCUGGCUGGAUUGUUCCAUUGCCGCUUAAUCAAGAGAGUGUUAGUGGUCGCGCCAAAGACGCUUCUCGCUCAUUGGACAAAGGAACUUUCAGUUGUCGGCCUCAAACAUAAGAUUAGGGAUUACUCUGGUCCCAGUGUAAAUGUUCGCAACUCUGAGCUUCAAUAUGCAUUCAAGGAGGGCGGUAUCCUACUGACUACAUAUGACAUUGUCCGUAACAAUUACAAGUUGAUCAGAGGUGACUUCUACAAUGGCAACGUGGAAGGGAAGUACGACAAGCUGAUAAGAGGUGACUCAUAUAAUGACGCUGAUGAAGAUGAGGAUGGAAAGUUUUGGAACUAUGUUAUUCUUGAUGAGGGACAUAUUAUCAAGAACCCGAGUACUCAAAGGGCCAGAAGCUUACUUGAAAUACCCUGUGUCCACCGCAUCGUCAUAAGUGGAACACCUAUUCAAAACAAUUUAAAGGAAAUGUGGGCUCUGUUCUAUUUCUGUUGCCCGGAGGUCUUGGGUGAUAAGGACGAGUUCAAAUCAAGAUAUGAAUCGGCUAUCAUUCGAGGAAAUGACAAGAAUGCCACCAAUCGAGAGAAGCACACAGGCUCAACUGUUGCAAAGGCAUUAAGGGAGCGGAUAAAGCCAUACUUCUUGCGUCGUAUGAAAAGUGAAGUGUUUGUUGAUACUGGUUCAGCAGAUGAUAAAAAACUUUCCAAGAAGAAUGAGCUAAUUGUCUGGCUGAGGUUAACAGCUUGCCAGAGGCAACUAUAUGAAGCUUUUCUGAACAGUGAUCUUGUUCAUUCUUCAAUGCAAGGAUCACCAUUGGCUGCGAUCACGGUAUUGAAGAAAAUAUGCGACCAUCCAUUGAUAUUGACGAAGAGAGCUGCUGAAGAUAUCUUGGAAGGCAUGGAAGGCAUGGAUGUAAAGUUGGAUAACAAGGAUAUGGGCAUGGUAGAGAAAAUGGCCAUGAACCUUGCAGAUAUGGCUCAUGAUGGCGAAGCGCUGCAAGUCGACGAGGAAGUCUCAUGCAAGAUAAUUUUUAUCAUGUCCUUGUUGCGGAAACUUCUUGAAGAGGGACACCAUGUCCUUGUCUUUUCUCAGACUCGCAAAAUGCUAAACCUUAUUCAGGAAGCUAUAUUACUUGAGGGCUACAAGUUUUUACGCAUUGAUGGUACUACCAAGAUUGCUGAGAGGGAAAGGAUUGUUAAGGAUUUCCAAGAGGGACCUGGAGCACAAAUAUUUUUGCUGACUACACAAGUUGGUGGGCUUGGACUUACAUUAACCAAGGCAGCCCGUGUCAUCGUAGUUGAUCCUGCUUGGAAUCCAAGUACGGACAGUCAGAGCGUGGAUCGUGCUUAUCGAAUUGGUCAGACCAAAGAUGUGAUUGUGUACCGCUUGAUGACGUCUGGAACCAUCGAAGAAAAGAUAUAUAAAAUGCAGGUUCUCAAGGGUGCUUUGUUUAGAACAGCCACAGAGCAGAAAGAACAAACACGCUACUUCAGCAAGAGGGACAUUCAAGAGCUCUUUAGUCUGCCAGCACAAGGUUUUGAUGUUUCCCUUACACAAAAGCAAUUGCAAGAAGAGCAUGGACAUCAACUUGACAUGGACGAGUCACUGAGGGAGCACAUAGAGUUUCUGGAGCGACAAGGAAUAGCGGGUGUAAGCCAUCACAGCCUCCUAUUCUCAAAAACAGCAGUCUUGCCUUCGUUGGAGCCUGAUGCUAUGGAGAGCAAGAACCCAACAAUGCCGAUGAUGGCUAGGCAGUACAACAAGGCAUCCUUGAUGGACUACGUCGCCAAUGGCGCUGCCCAUGCUUUCAAGCCAAAGGACUUCACUCCAAGAGCAUACUCUGCAAGCAAUACAAGUUCAGAGAGCCCCGAGGAAAUCAAGGCGAAGAUCAACCGGCUGUCGCAAACCCUUUCGAACACGACGCUGGUGUCGAGGCUGCCUGACCGUGGGGAGAAGCUGAAGAAGCAGAUCCAUGAUCUGGACGAGAAGCUGAUGGUGAUCGAGUCGUCUCCUGAGUCGUCGUCGUCGAUGAUGUCGAGAGGGGGGGCGCGGACUGAGGUGAUCUGCUUGGACGAUCAGAGCCUAUAGCUGUGAUCUUGAAGCAAAGCUGCUGCUGGUCAUUUUUGUUUCUAGUCGGUCACUGAGGUGUGACUGGACUGCCACACUCGUAUUCUUUUGGCCGUGGGCGUUGUAAAUACUAGUAGUAACCUGAUGGAUGGAUGAUUGCUGCAAAUCAUUUCCAACAUCUCUGUUUUCAAUUAUUCAUAUAAAUGAAAUGACUUGAUCUUUUUUUGCUUUA